UGCGCUUGCACAUCACAUCCGCCAUCAGGCAACUGCAGCAGGCCUGCCUGCUGCAGCAGAGCUCCCAAAACCGGCACCUCCAUCACCACGUUUCACACGUGUUUGCAGUUUGCAGCGCCUGAACAGGCCCUCGGAAGCCCCCCUGUAAAUAUCUAUAUCUUUUGAGUGCCGGGUGCAGCGCAGCCGAAAACAGGCAGGCAUGCUUGCGACGCCUGUGUGCAGCCAGCUUGCUGUCACAGGGCGGGGCCCUUGCGCCAUCCCCAGCAGCAGCGGCAGAAGCACCCGCUGCCCAUCGGCAGCAGCAGCGGCGACAGCCCGCCGCCAGGGGCCGCAGCCUGGCCGCCGCCGCCGGCAGGCGGAACCUGUCUGUGCCGCUGCUCCCCCCACCAAUGGACUGUCUUACAAGGAUGCGGGGGUGGACAUUGAUGCCGGCAACGAGUUGGUCAAGCGCAUCCAGAAGCUCAACCCCAACAUUGGCGGCUUCAGCGGCAUGGUCCCCUUCGGCGACUCGUUCCUGGUGGCGGGCACCGACGGUGUGGGCACAAAGCUGAAGCUGGCGUUUGACAUGAACAAGCACGACACGGUGGGCAUCGACCUGGUAGCCAUGAGCGUGAACGACAUUGUCACCAGCGGCGCGCAGCCCAUGUUCUUCCUCGACUACUUUGCGUGCGGCAAGCUGGACGUGGACACCGCUGAGCAGGUGGUCAAAGGCAUCGUGGAGGGGUGCCGCCAGUCGGACUGUGUGCUGCUGGGUGGCGAGACGGCCGAGAUGCCGGGCUUCUACUCGCCCGGCGAGUACGACCUGGCCGGGUUUGCGGUGGGCUCGGUGAAGCAGGACAAGGUCAUUGACGGCAGCCGCAUCAAGGCUGGCGAUGCCAUCCUGGGCCUCAAGUCCAGCGGCGUCCACUCCAAUGGCUUCUCACUGGUCCGCAAGGUCUUGGAGGUGUCUGGCACCUCGCUGCACGACACUGCACCCUGGAGCGGCGAGAGCUUUGGGCUGACCCUGCUGACCCCCACCGUGCUUUACGUUCGCGACUGCAUGAAGCUGGUGGCCGCAGCUGACGUGCGCGGCCUGGUCCACAUGACGGGCGGCGGCUUCCCCGAAAACAUCCCCCGCGUCGUGCCCAAAGGCCUGGCUGCCCGCAUCCAGCGCAGCGCGUGGGAGGUGCCGCCGCUGUUCCAGUGGCUCCAGGAGGCGGGCAAGGUGCCCGACUCUGAGAUGUUCCGCACCUUCAACAUGGGGGUGGGCAUGGUCAUUGUGGUAUCGCGGUCCGACGUGGACAAGGUGCUGGACCUGGGCAUUGGCGCCUUUGAGAUGGGGGAGGUUGUGGAGGGGCAGGGCGUGGAGCUGGUGUGAGGAGCAGCACAGUGCUGCUCUCAUGCACAAUCAUCAGCAAAACGCAUGAACCCUCUUCAAUAAAAUUGUCAUUCUUUCUGUUUCUGCUGUUAUUGUUCCAAUUUUGGUUGUGAAGUAUACUGACAAUG